UCUCCUCGCGGCGGCUGCCGUUGCAUGCGCGUGUGAGUGCUGGAAUGCGCGGCGCCGUUCUCCUGCCUUCGGCGUCGCCCUCCCCACCGCUCAGCGGAUGAGGCUCCCCGCCGGCCCUUGACUCCCUCCGGCCGCCUGAGGGGCUUCCCAGGCAAACGCGAAGAAGGGGGAGAAUUGUUGUUAUGGCAAUGCAAGUGUUGGGGCAAUCUGGUGGCAGCAGCCUAUUUUCUAGCAAUACUAACCUUAGCAUGGCACUGUCAAAUGACAUGUAUGACUUUUCGGAACUUUCCAAAGCUGAACUGGCAGCACCUCAACUUAUUAUGCUGGCAAAUGUGGCUCUGACAGGAGAAGUUAAUGGCAACUGUUGUGAUUAUAUGGUUGGUGAAGAGAGGCAAAUGGCUGAACUGACAACGGUGGGUAACACCAAUUUUUCAGACAGUGAUGGAGAAGGAAUGGACGAUUCACAAAGACCAGAGAAUGACUCUGAAGGCAUAGAAGAUAUGGAUAUUGACAUUGUUACUCCUGAGGUUCACGACGCAGAAACAACUAGACUAUCAGAGUCUACUGUUCCUCACUCUUGUAAUCAAGAAAAAGUCUUUUCGUUGGAAGCACCAGAUGCUCAGGAGAGCAUAGAUGACAAAUGUAAGGGUUUGAAGAACAAACCAUUUCGUUGCAAGCCUUGCCAGUAUGAGGCGGAGUCUGAGAAAGAGUUUGUCCAUCAUAUUCGGGUACACAGUGCCAAGAGAUUCAUUGUAGAAGAAAAAGCUGAGAAGCAUGGCCAGGUUAAAGAAACUGACUCUAGUACUACAGAGGAGGUUGAUUUUUCUAAGGGGCCUAUAAGAUGUGAUCGCUGUGGCUAUAAUACUAACCGAUAUGAUCAUUAUCUGGCUCACUUGAAGCACCACAACAAAGCAGGAGGAAAAUGAAGAGUCUACAAAUGCACUAUCUGUACAUAUACAACAGUCAGUGAAUAUCAUUGGAAAAAGCACCUAAGAAACCAUUUUCCACGAAAAGUAUAUACAUGCUCACAGUGCUCCUACUUUUCAGAUCGGAAGAAUAAUUAUGUGCAGCAUAUUCGAACUCAUACAGGCGAGCGUCCCUAUCGAUGUUCUAUGUGUCCUUAUUCAAGUUCUCAGAAGACUCAUUUAACGAGACAUAUGCGCACUCAUUCAGGUGAGAAGCCAUUCAAAUGUGAACAAUGCUGCUAUGUGGCAUCAAACCAGCAUGAAGUGACUCGACAUGCAAGGCAGGUUCAUGAUGGGCCCAAACCAUUGGCUUGUCCCCACUGUGAUUACAAAACAGCUGACAGAAGCAAUUUCAAGAAGCAUGUUGAACUCCAUGUCAGCCCUCGUCAGUUCCUUUGCCCAGUUUGUGAAUAUGCUGCAUCCAAGAAAUGUAACUUGCAGUAUCAUAUCAAAUCCAGGCACCCAGACUGCUGUGAUAUCACAAUGGAUGUCUCAAAAGUAAGAUUAAGAACUAAAAAGAAUGAGGUUAACACUUCCGAGAAUGAUAUUAACACUGAAAGUAAACUAGAACAGGAACAAACAAAGAAAGAGUUGAAUGAAAAGAAAAAUGAGAGAAUUGUAAAGGAAGAGAAGAAAGAGAGUUUGUCAAAAGAUAAGAAACCAACUAGUAAUGCAAAUGUAGGCCAGAUCACAACAAGAAGCCGCAAAGUAGUUAGUGAAAGAAAAGAAGAAAAUGUCAAAAUUGAAAAAACUAAUAAAACUAAGAAGACAAAAAGAAAAGCAGAGAAUAGCUCUAUUUCAUUGACAAAAGAUUUAUCAACAGAUAUUGAUGUAAUAGUGAGAAAGAAAAAGAAAACUGAAAAACUAUCACCCAAGAGUCAGGAUGAAAGCAAAUUGGAGGUGACCAAAAAGUCAAAUUCUUGCCUUAAGAAAAACAAAAAAAAGAAACAUUUGAAGAAUAAAACUACUAAAAACAAUAACAGUUCUGAUAGCAAAAAGAUCUCAGAUGAAGCUUCUGUUCAUAAAGAAUGUUUUCUUAUCCAUGAAAGACAAAGGAAGACAUCUGAUACUUCUUCCAGUGAGCAGGAACCUGUGCUUCUCAUUGAUGGAGAGAAUCAAUCUGCACCUGAAAAUAACAUACACCAAGAGCUACAUGAACAGCAGGUAGACACAAAUAUUCCAGCAGAAAUGAAAAACCAAGAAAUAUUUACAGGGCAAGAGGAGAUUGCAAAAGACGUUUCAGAGAAUAACACCGAAACAGGACUGGCAGUUAUGCCUGGGACCAGUUCUGUGGAUUCAAAUGCCACCCUGGAAAAAGAAGCAAAGGACAUUUUACCAGAUUUAUGCCAAGAUAUUCAGAUGACACAAACCUGUGACAUGGAAAGUGUGACUGAUCCAGAUUUAGUACAAGAAAUACGGUCACUGCAAACGUGUGACAAAGAGAUAAUGAGUAAAGCACAUCAAGAAGAUGUUUGUUCUACAAAACAAUUGCAAGCUGAAGACCCAGCAGGAGCUCAACCUCGCCAAGAACCAGAAAAGCUUGAACACAAUACUGGAGCAGAUUUGGCUUCAUCACCACCAAGUGGCACAAUAGUGAAUGAAAAUCAGGAUGUGGAAGAGGAUGAAGGUAUCCAUAGUCAUGAUGGCAGCGAUAUAAGUGACAACAUAUCAGAAGGCAGUGAUGAUUCUGGAUUAAAUGGUGCUCGGACGGCCCAAGAAAAAACAGGUCAGAAAUCAUCCCAAGAAGUAGCAGAGGCUAAGCCUACAAAGGAGAACUAUGUGUGUAUAUUUUGUGACCGGUCAUUUAAAAAAAAGGGUGAAUACAGUAAGCAUCUGAAUCGACAUUUGGUAAAUGUAUAUUAUCUUGAGAAGGCAACAAAGGAGCAAGAUUAACCAAACACAGUUUAAUGACAAUUUAUUCCUUUUUUGUAAAAUCUUCUAGAGCUUAGGUACAGUUCUUGUAGAAUCUUUGCUUAAGCUCAGUUUGCUUUUACUAUUAAGUUGUUGGUUGGUUAUUUCCCCCGACCUUUGAAGAAAAGUUGAACUAAUUAGCUAUAUGUUUCUCUUUGAUUAGAGAAGCCAAAUGGGAUAUGAAAUGUUGUGGCUUACAAAGCUGACAAAAGUCCUUGAGAGAGAGUCCUUGAAUCACUUGCAUGUUUCUGUUGAUUUGCAACACAUUUAUAUGUACAACUUCAUAGGUUUAGGAAUGAACAGCCCAGGGGAACGUUCAUGGGUAUGCAAAGCCACUGUCAUGUUCUUGCAGAGGUCUGUUUAUUUCCAUAGAGCUUGAAUUGUAGAUGGUACCAGUUGAUUAAGUCCCAAGGCUGUGCCUCUCCAUUUAACAAAUUGCAAGGAGAAAGUUUAACCUGAAAAAGUAUUCUUUCCCUUAAUAAUUGGAGAAAAUAAAAUAUUAUUCAGAGUUUACUUCAAUGUGCUAUAUUUCUGAUCACCUAGUCUAGAACUCCUUCUUGAAUCCCAUUUAUGCACACUUGCCACAAUAUGGAAUUAUUUUAUUGUCAUGCAGUUCUGUGCCAUUGCAAUAGGUGAACAUGAGAACUACAUGGAUAAGAACAAUUGUUUGAGGACAUUCUAUAUGUUCAAGUGUUCUCUGAUUAUUAAAGUACUUGCCAGUUCCCAAGUGGGGAUGUUGGAACCACCGAUUUUAAUACAUUAGCAGCUUAUUCCAUGCAGAACCUCUUCCUUAAAAAGGUGAGUAUGAAUUUUGGAUAAAAAAUCCUGAGGCUGUUUGUCCAUGGUUAAUAACUCCUUGAAAAUUUGCCAAGUACACAGGCCAUCUUUGCUAACAAAGUUGUUUUAUAAAUGGAAUCUUAGAAAUAAAAAAAAAUAACUUUGAUGCUCCUAAUAGAAUCUGUUUUGGUUCUUGUUUAUCUUAAUGUGUUAGUAGGAUGAGUGCUUAAAAAACUCAGCUGUACAAGAAACACAAUAGCUUAUUUUGUAAAAAGAGCACUUUUGGAAAUAAAAUGAGGUUCACUAGCAGUAAAAAAUAUAUUCAUGAACAUAUUUUUAAUUUGCAUAUACAUUUCAGGUCCCCCAAUCAUGAUCAGCAAGCCAAAAUCUUGAAGUUCUUUCCAUCUAUUGAUUGGUGAAUCCAUAAUUUGGUAAAUACUUCUUUAAAACAAGGUCAUUUCCUUUUGUGCUUUAAGAUGAGAAAAAUGUUGCACAUUAUUGUUUUAUCUUUACCUAUGCAGUUUAAGUCUUUAGGAGUUUAGUAUUUUUGUUGUAAAUGUACAUUUUAUAUAUGCAUGUUUAGUUUUGUUAAAUCAAUUUCUCCCCUUAAUGUUGACACAUUCAGAUUUGUUGCUUAUCAUGGCCAGUAUUAUUUGCUUCUUUGGACUAUAACUUUCUGAUUCUAUGUUGGUUGAUAAUCUAUAAAAUUGCUUUAAUACUUUUAAUUAUAUCAUUUUGGACAAAUAUUUCUGUACAUUUCUGAUUUAACUGUUAAGAGUUGCACUCUUAGAAUUGUGCAUAAUGUCUUUAUAGGGGGUGCUGUCUAAUGUAAUUCAGAACUUAUCCUUCUCUUUAAAAGGCUAUUUAAACUUAAAUCCCUAUAUAAGUUUCCAUUUAAAAGAGCUUUCUUCAUUAGAAACAUUAUGGAUCCAGUCCAUUAUUAUUUGUAUAUAUUCUUUUUUAAUAAUACUUCUGCUUUUUGCAUUAUAAAUAUUUUUGCCAUACCCGCUGCUGGGGGAAAAUUAAAAUAAAUACAACAUACAUUGGGAUUUGUUUGUCACCCAUUUCUUUUAGAGGGGCUUAUGUGAGACUUUUCUUGGUGAACUUAAAAGUAUUAAUAGAGAUACUUAUUUGGUUUUAAGACAUUGCUGGGCAUUGUAAGUGAAAUAUCCACUGUAUUGCAUAAUUAAUUAAUACAAAAAGGAAUGGCUUGGACCAUAGCUCAUAUUACAUUAUGAUUUUUCCCAAUGUGCAUUUAUUUCAAUGAAUGUUAAUUAUACUCUGUUAGGUGACAUUGCCUUGAUAGAAUGAAAUUGCUCAUUUCAAAGUUCAUAAAUCAGAAAAAUCCUGAUAAGCAACAAACCUUGAAAAUGUCAGUUGUAAAAAUUUCCAUUUCCAUUAAAUCAAGUUCUAAGCAUCCUGUUCCUUUUUAUAAUUCACUUAAAGAAAAAUUGAAAUGAUCAGACAUCUGAAGAAUAAAUGUUCAGGCACAGGAAGAGAAGCACAACUUUAUUUUAAAGACUUUAUUAAUAGUUAACAUUUGCUUGAACUUUCCGAAAACACAAUGAAAAGCUACAGAUCGCAAAACUGAGCAUGCAACCUUUCAUUUUUGUUCAUUUUCAAAUAAUUUUUGCUUUUGUAAAGUUAUAGGUGUAAGUGUGCUUCCCAAUGCAGCAAAUUAGCAGACAUGAAAACUUGUAUCGUCAAAUCCACAAUCUGCUGCGAAGCCCUAUUACUGUAUUCUUGAAUUGUAUUGACUCGUGUUUUAAUGUGUGUGCAUGAGAAUCUCUUGAUUAUAUCUCCAGAUGGCUCUCAAGAGACUUAUUUGCUGCUUCAGAAAUAUUGAAACAAACUAUAGUAUUUAAUUUUUCCCCUUGAAAGCUGAUGUUGCAUUAUAGUUUGGAUUAUAUUUAAUUUUUCCGUAUUCCCUUCUCUUUUCUCUUGGAAAUGUUUAUAGUUGUUUCAACAUAAUUAGACUGAAUUGAGAAACCUAACACUUUUGUGGUAGGGUGGAUGGCAGAUUUGCAAUAGAGGCCAAAGAUCUGAGGGAGAAAAACCCUUUAGGACAAAAACAAAUUGUGUAAUAUUAGUUAUUUGUGUGUGGAAAACUAUGUCAAAACUUACUUCGCUGUGACAAUCAUUGUCAACUGAGAAUCAAGUUGCAACUAUAUUUAUGUUGAUCCAUUAAACAUUGCGGAAAUGUCUUCCUAACCAGUUAGCUAAAGUAGCAUUAUUCACAGUUCUGUUGACGGAUGUAAAAUAUUGUUUUAUAUGAGGGUUGGACAGAGACCGGAAACUCCAUUUCUCUGUGGACUUUUUAAAAAUGUCUUCCUAUUUUAAGAGAGAUGCUUCCAUUUUGUAAGAGCCUUUGUGGCCUUGGUCUACAUUUCUUGCAAUUUUUUUUAAAACCAAGUUGGUUGGAGAAAAAAAGGCAGAUAUGUAGUAAUAGUGUUAAUCACAUCAGAUAACUUGAUGUAUUAAAAUGAUAUAUGACUUGAAAUAGGUACUAGAAAAUUAUUAGAGAUAAAGGUUUCACAGUAGAAGGGAUUCAAAAAUAGUGCCUGAAUUCUUGAGCAUGAGAAUGCAAAGGAAUGAAGUGUUAAAUGAACAAAUAUGCCAGUGAUAUUAUGAUGUGUCCCGAGAUUUAUUGGCUUUAUAACUAUCAUAAAUCCCAAUAUAUUAUUAAGUGUUGUCUGUUUAGAAGACAGAAUUACAUGUUUUAAAGUAUGCCAGUAAACCAUGGACUGUCACUCCUAUCUUCAUGUUAGAUGUAGCUAAUGGAUGAAUAAAUUAGGGUUAAAAGUAUAUAUAACAUAAUCUAUGUUUGCUUAAGGUAGUUAUUUCUUAAAUUGAACAUUAAGAUUAUAAGAAUUUGGAUAUUUUCCCAGCUUCUUACUAAAAGAAGGCUUCUUUUAGCAGCAGUGCUUAUUACAACCUCUCAACUUGACAUAUUCUUUAUUAAUCUGUCAUGUUGAGCACUAUAGUUAGUAGCACUGUUAGUAUUUGGAAACAAAUACUUGAACUAAAUUCUACAAGUAAAUUAAAGAAUAUUUAGGAGCUUGCAAUACAACUGAAGACUGCUGCUAUCUGGAGCUUGAUUUAUACAUAAGGCAAGAGUGUCAACCCUGUUUAGUCUGAGGACUACAAUUCAUAUCCACAGCCAGCUGAAGGAAGAAGGAUACUUUCCAAUGAUUCAUAGAUGUCACUGGAAUCAACAUUAUUUUUCAAUCCAUUUAAAGCCUUUUGGGGGAGAUCUAAGAGAGAAUGGGAGCAGGAGGCUUCACAGUGGUAAAUUGCUCCAGUUUUCACUCUUAUUUCCCCUAGUGGUUUAAAAACUUUCUGCCAUAUUAUGCCUGUGUGAUUUGAGGCUGCUUUGGACUGUUUUUUUAAAUGAAUAAUUUGCUUCUCUGAGACCUCCUGUUUCUAUUGUUAUUCUAACAUAGUGGGGAGGGGGAUACAAAUUUUAAAAAUUACACAACUGAAAAUUGGCCAUUCUCAGCUGAAUUUCAGUGGUGUAAUCUCAGUGUGGUAAAGGGCCACCUGUGACCUAGAUCUUUCAAUUCUUGUUAUAGGCAAACUGACAGGUCAGUUUAUGCACAGCAUUAAUAAUUUCAGUAUAUAAUAUGUUUUGCUGAUGAGUUGUAAACAGAAGUUAAUUUAAAUUUAUUGAAUCUUCACUAUGUAGCUAACAUGCUGAGGUACAGUAUUGAUAUCCAAGUAGGUUCAGGAAUUGUUUCAAUGAAUAUACAAUUUUUCACCUAAAUUUCAAAUCACACUAGCUAAAUAACUCUUUUGUAAGCUGGCACUGAAAUGUUUUAUGUUUGGUUGCACCGUGUUUGAUGCUUUUAACAGUGCAAUACUUGUAUUAUUAUCUCAAUUUAAACCAAAGGUAAUUUGUUCGUGCUUGCUAUCUACUGUAGUGCAUGAAGUGCUUUUAUACAUUUGUAAUAGAUGUAAAAUCAGAACAGAUCACAUGUCCUUGGUUUUUUAUUUACCUAAACUAUGUACAAGUCUUUGUUCAAAUUAUAAAGUGUUAAACUGAAUUGCAUAUUAACCCUUGAGUGUAUUUUCCCAAGCAUAGUUAUAAGGCAAUAAACUUUAUUAAGGAAUAUG